AUGAAUAAUCCGGCCGGCAGGAUAUUUGACUCCACUCUUAGACGUGUAAGGUGGGAUCGUUUCGAGGUUGCCGUAUGCGUUGAUUUCUCGGGCGCCAUAGCCGCCGCGUCCCCCCUCAGGCUGGAAACCACCAACGCCUUUCCCGCGAAGCGGCUCAAAGACCUGUCUUUCAGCAGCGCUGACACGUUGGAGAUGGUGAUGGUUCAGAACUGGAGCCACCUUAAGCUCAACGACGUCGAAUACGACAGUGCCAUUGGCGUGAACAUCAAAAUGCACCCUUACUUUGCCGUCCCAUUUUGCCAAAUCCUUCACAAACUCAUACCCGUCAAUCCCGAGAGUGAUACCGGCUUGGACAUGGCUUGCAUUGAAGGUAAAUUCAAGAUCCACAAAGCUCCAAGAGGCAGUCUCGGCGGGGUUGGCGGACGAAUCAUUCAGGGGAGCAACCAGGCUUGGCUCAAGGAGGUUGCCCUGAAGAUCCUAAUUAGGACAGCGUUUGAGAGAGUCGCUGACGUUUGGAAGGAAGAUGGCGCCGCGAGAAGGGGUCCAGAAUGCUCUGUCCGUGGCGUCGCUGUCAUCCACGAUACCGUCACGGUUGGUAUCUGCGAGAAUCAUAGGCUUAGGUUGCUGGCCAUGAACUGCUCCGAAUUGCAGCGUGACCAAGACAAUGGUCACAGCAUUGACUGA